CUGCUCUCCUUCCGGUGGAGACGUGGCUCUGAGCCGCUGCCAUAUUGACGCUAGUCGGCUAACAAUCACACAACUUGAAGAAGGUAGCUGUAUAUCCGCACCUCGCUGCUCCACGGGGACGAGGAAUCACCAAAGCAAGAAACGCGAGCGACCGAAGAUCGUCGUACCGUAGAGAGAGACCAAAAUGGUGCUGUUGGCAGCGGCGGUGUGCACCAAGGCUGGCAAGGCCAUCGUAUCGCGACAGUUUGUGGAAAUGACCCGGACACGAAUCGAGGGUCUCCUGGCCGCGUUCCCUAAGCUGAUGAACACGGGCAAGCAGCACACCUUUGUGGAAACAGACAGUGUUCGCUAUGUGUACCAGCCGCUGGAGAAACUGUACAUGGUGCUCAUCACCACCAAGAACAGCAACAUCCUGGAGGACCUGGAGACGCUCAGACUCUUCUCUCGCGUGAUCCCAGAAUAUUGCCGCGUCCUGGAGGAGAGCGAAAUCUCAGAGCACUGUUUUGACCUGAUCUUCGCCUUCGAUGAGAUUGUUGCGCUCGGCUACAGAGAGAACGUCAACUUGGCUCAGAUCCGCACCUUCACAGAGAUGGACUCCCACGAGGAGAAGGUUUUCCGUGCCGUCAGAGAGACCCAGGAACGAGAGGCCAAGGCAGAGAUGAGGAGGAAGGCCAAGGAGCUGCAGCAGGCCAGGAGGGACGCCGAGCGCUCUGGGAAGAAGGUGCCAGCGUUUGGUGGUUUCGGCAGCGCCGGCAUGACCAGUGUAUCCUCAGGGUCCAUCAUCACAGACACCAUCGUCGAACCUGAGAAACCCAAGAUUAUACCAGCUCCAGUCAGACCAAGUGGACCCAGUAAGGCUCUGAAACUGGGCGCUAAAGGGAAAGAGGUGGACAACUUUGUUGACAAGCUCAAAUCCGAAGGGGAAACCAUCAUGCCCUCCUCAGGAAAGAGGGGCUCUGAUGUAUCUAAAGUUCUGCCACCACCAGUCAACAUGGAGAGUGUACAUCUGCGCGUGGAGGAGAAGAUCUCGCUGACCUGCGGCCGUGACGGCGGCCUACAGAACAUGGAGGUGCUGGGCAUGGUGACGCUCCGAGUCACGGACGACAAAAACGGGCGCAUCCGCCUCAUUAUUAACAAUAAUGACAACAAAGGAUUGCAACUGCAGACACAUCCCAAUGUGGACAAGAAGUUGUUCACAGCCGAGUCCGUGAUCGGCCUGAAGAACCCUGAGAAGUCCUUCCCUCUCAACAAUGAUGUUGGCGUGUUGAAGUGGAGACUACAGACCACAGACGAGGCCCUCAUACCUCUAACCAUAAACUGCUGGCCUUCAGAGAGUGGUACCGGCUGUGAUGUCAACAUUGAAUACGAGCUGCAGGAGGAGGGCCUCGAGCUCAACGACGUGGUCAUCAGCAUCCCAGUGCCGUCCGGGGUGGGAGCUCCUGUGAUCGGUGAUCUGGACGGAGAGUACAAACACGACAGCAGGCGAAAUGUCCUGGAGUGGUGCCUACCCGUCAUCGAUGUCAACAACAAGACCGGCAGCCUGGAGUUCAGCAUCGCUGGACAGCCCAACGACUUCUUCCCUAUCAAUGUGUCCUUUGUGUCCAAGCGCAACUACUGCGACAUCCAGGUUACCAAAGUGACUGACGUAGAUGGCGACAGCUCCGUUAGAUUCUCUUCAGAAACCUCCUUUGUUGUCGACAAAUACGAAAUCCUGUAAACGAGAACGACAAAAAUCGAAGAAAAAGAAAAUUCACCAACAAAAAAAAAAAAAAAACGUCGAAAUCUAUGCUCGAGAGAAAGAUUGAAGAUUUCUUGCCUGCCCACCCUGUAUGCUAUUUGAGAAACUGUGUACAUCGACAGGACUGCGUCAGGCCUCUUCCUGUGGUGGAGCAGAGCAGCGGUGGUGUAUUUAUAUGUUUGUAUGAGAGAAGAUCAUCUAUAUAUAGAGUUAAUUGAAAAAGGAAAAAAACCAAGCAACAAACACACACACACACGCAAAACGUAAACCACACUGAUGACGCUGUCGUGUUUGCCAAGCAGAACUGUAAAGAGGACUUCAGAUUAAGUAGAGGAUGACUGCGGGGAUGCUGGAGAGGCCCACGGCCCUCUCAUUGUCCGUCUAUCAGUAAAACCCUGGCAGCAGGUAGAGAGGGAGGACAGGGACCUUGUCUGUAUCGAUCUCCACUAGAAUGAACGCUGGUAAUUAAGCCCUCACCCCCCCACCCCACCCUACCCUACCCUACCCUGCCCCACCCCACCCCGAGAACCAAGCGUCCUCCUCAACCUGUUCCUUCACACACAUUGCAAUGGUUCAUUGAUUACUGAAUGUUUGUUUUCAAUUUUCUUAUCCAUAAUAAGUGCAGGACCGUAGCUCAAGUCUCAAUCAUUAGACGCCUGUCAUUCUUUGAAAACUCUCGUGAUUUGCUCUGUCGAUAUCUCACUUCAGAUGAUUGUUGUUUUCUUUUUUGUUCCUCUCUCGUGAUGAUGUUUAGAUCUGUGGGGGUUUAUUGUAGACAUCUGCCCGAGAACUAUGGCUCAGUAUGCUGUCUGUACUGUCUGCGGUUGUCAUCAGCGACACUGUCUGCUUCUUUUUAACUAUGAUAUUUUUUACUGUUUGCUGUAUAAUUUGUCAUUGUUUACCACUAAUCUGGAUGUAGGAAUAAUUGACCAUGAAGAGCAGGACUUUGUAAGGGAUUCUCAACUGCAGGGCAAAGGUUACUACCAGUAAAUACUAUUGACUGUUGCAUUUGUUGAAUUUUCUUACGAUCUUUUUUUUUUUUUUUUUCUCUCGUUUGGUAACACCAUUACAACCACUCCUUGCUUCGUCAAAAGAGAAACGCCACGUUUUCCUCUGGUCCAUUUAAGUCCAGUGAUCAGCUCAGAUAUCACAGAGUUAAAAGAAGGAAGAAAACACUUUGAACAAGGCCCAGAAACAACAUCCAAGCCUCCUAAUCUAACAUCCCACAAGAGGAUCUUAGAUCUGAAAUGGGAGUGAUUGUGCGUUGGCAUCCACUCACUCACUUACUCACUCACACACAAAGCAGGGAUCAGAGACUGCCAGCCUCAUAUUCCACCCACUCCCCUCACAUGCAAGGUAAGCAGAGAGCUCACCGGGGCCCUCGCAGGUCCGGUCCGCUGUUCAUCCAGCCCAGUCAUCCUUUACUUACGAUCUCAUAAGUACAUCAAUGUUCUUCGAAAUAUAACUUUUGUCUUUCAUGUUUAUGUUUUUUUUUUUUUUUUUUUUUUCAUUUGUACUCCCCAAAUUUCAAUUUAGCAGUGGUUGUGUGGGGUUGAAAAUGACUAGAUUGAGCAUUUUUAACUAAAUUGCUGAAGGGGAAUCUUAACAUUCCAGUGUACAAUUAGGGGAAAAAACAAACAAAAAAAAUCUUUAAUGGAAUAAAGUGUAUUAUUGAAAAUA